GUGGAAUUGGGGCCUUAUCAGCGGCAGGGCAGGAGCCCAGUGGCCACAUCACACAGAAUACAGCAGUUCCUCCAACCGCAUGGCUGCCCCACAUGAUUAAACCCAAUCUGACCGCCUGUGUGUCGUUUGAGGCUAAUGUGUACGAGGGCUCGACGGGCGUCGUUGUGAACCUGACGGUAGACGAUAGAGACGACCCAGACACGGGGGCGGGGAGAGCGAUCUACUCUAUAAUUAACGGAGAUCCAACACUGAGCUUUGAGAUCCAAACCAACCCAGACAACAACGAGGGGAUGCUGUCUGUCAUCAAGCCUUUGGACUAUGAGGCCGAAAGGUUCCACGCGCUACUCAUCAAAGUGGAGAACGAGGAUCCUCUGGUUCCUGAUGUUGGCUACGGCCCCAGCUCCACUGCCACUGUCCGCGUCACAGUCCUGGACAUCAACGAGGGCCCCGUAUUCUUCCCCGACCCCCUGACAGUCAACAAGAUGGAAAACAUUCCUCUGGGAAGCUUCGUGGCUUCACUCAACGCCACAGAUCCAGAUAUAUUACAGGCACAGAGCAUCAGGUAUGCUGUUCUGCGAGACCCAGCAGGCUGGCUGAGUGUGAGCCCGGUCACAGGAACUGUCAACACCUCCGGCUCACUGGACCGUGAGUCUCCUUAUGUCCACGACAACAAAUACACAGCUGUCUUCAUCGCCACAGAUAACG